UUCUGUGCCUCCCCCUCGCCGGCUCUGGCCGCUGCCUGCGGCGGGGAUCGCCCUCCGCGCACUCCCACGCCUUCAAUUAUUGAUGGUGGCGGCCGCCGCCCGCGCCGUGCCUCCGCGCCUCGCCCGCUCCCCCUCUCUCUCCCCGGCACUGCAGCAGAGGCUUCACCGCAACGCGAAGCCCACACAGCCACUUCGGUCCGCCCCUCCUCUGGUCUGUCACGCUUGGCGGCUCCUCCGGGAGGCUCCUCGCUCCCUCCCGCAGCCUCACGCCGUGAGCAGGAGGCAGGCGGCAGCGGGAGCGGAGGGAACCGGGAACGCCCCGCAGACCGGCCGCGCCGCGGCUCUCCGCCGCCUGCCCCGCCGUAGAGACUUGCCAUGCAUCAACAAAACGUUGGAGACUUUCAUGAUUAGGUUGAAUAUUACAGCUUCCCAUGUACUUGGGCUUUUUCUACUGAUGUUCAACACGCCAUAGGUAUUUUAAACAGUAUUCAGCAGGUCCCUCUGCAGCAACCUUUCUUUGAUACAAGAUGGAAGAAACAUACAAAGACAGGACUUCAUUCGUGAAAGGGGCAAAAGAUAUUGCCAAAGAGAUGAAGAGGCAAGCAGUGAAAAAAGUGAAUAAAGCUGUUGACAAAGCUCAGGAUGGCUACACACAGAGGUCCUACAACCGAUUCCAGGAUGAGGAAGAUGACGAUGAUUACUAUGUCCAAGGAGGAAAUUAUGGUGUAGAAGCUAAUGAUGAUGAAGGUUCAAGUGAAGCAACUGAAGGGCAUGAUGAAGAUGAUGAAAUUUAUGAAGGGGAGUAUCAGGGAAUCCCCAACAUAGGGCAGGGCAAGGAUGGCAUAGUGGCCUUAGGUCAGCCUAUGCGUGAUGAAUAUAAGGAUCGUCAUGAACUGGAAACAGAGAGGAAAGCUGAUGAAGAAGAGCUAGCACAGCAGUACGAAUUGAUAAUACAAGAAUGCGGCCACGGUCGUUUCCAAUGGGCCCUCUUCUUUGUGUUGGGAAUGGCUCUAAUGGCUGAUGGGGUUGAAGUCUUUGUAGUUGGAUUUGUGUUGCCCAGUGCUGAAACAGAUAUGUGUAUACCCAAUUCUGGAUCAGGAUGGCUGGGUAGCAUAGUGUACCUUGGGAUGAUGGUGGGGGCAUUCUUCUGGGGAGGCUUGGCAGACAAGGUGGGAAGGAGACAGUCACUCCUGAUAUGCAUGUCUGUCAAUGGAUUCUUUGCCUUCCUUUCAUCAUUUGUCCAGGGCUAUGGCUUCUUCCUCUUCUGUCGUUUGUUUUCUGGAUUUGGGAUUGGUGGAGCUGUGCCCACAGUCUUCUCCUAUUUUUCGGAAGUGCUUGCUCGAGAGAAACGAGGCGAACACCUGAGCUGGCUCUGUAUGUUUUGGAUGAUUGGGGGCAUCUACGCUUCUGCAAUGGCUUGGGCAAUAAUUCCUCAUUACGGAUGGAGUUUCAGCAUGGGCUCUGCCUACCAGUUCCACAGCUGGCGAGUAUUUGUGAUCGUCUGCGCCCUGCCCUGUGUCUCUUCCGUGGUAGCCCUCACCUUUAUGCCAGAAAGCCCACGAUUCUUGCUGGAGGUUGGAAAACAUGAUGAAGCUUGGAUGAUACUCAAGCAAAUUCAUGACACAAACAUGCGAGCUCGUGGUCAGCCUGAGAAAGUCUUCACAGUUAACAGAAUCAAAACUCCAAAGCAGAUAGACGAGCUCAUAGAAAUAGAGAGCGAUACGGGAACUUGGUACAGGAGGUGUUUUGUUAGAAUUCGCACAGAGCUAUAUGGUAUUUGGUUGACAUUUAUGAGAUGCUUCAACUACCCGGUGAAGGAUAAUACAAUCAAACUUACAGCUGUAUGGUUCACCCUAUCUUUUGGCUAUUACGGCUUAUCUGUCUGGUUCCCUGAUGUCAUUAAACAUCUGCAGUCAGAUGAGUAUGCGUCCAGAGUGAAACAUUUCCGCAAUGAGGAGGUUUCACAUUUCGUCUUCAACUUCACACUGGAAAAUCAGAUUCACAGCAAUGGAGAAUACAUCAAUGACAGGUUUAUUAUGAUGAAAUUUAAAUCAGUAACCUUUGAAGAUUCACUUUUUAAGAACUGUGUGUUUGAAGACAUUACUUCACUGAAUACCUACUUCAGGAACUGUACUUUCGUGAAUACCACCUUCUACAACACAGAUCUCGAGCCAUAUAAAUUUGUUGACAGCAAAUUGAUAAAUUGCACAUUUUUCCACAUCAGGACAGGGUGCCAGAUUUCUUUCGAUGACGACUACAGUGCCUACUGGAUUUACUUUGUUAAUUUCCUGGGAACUUUGGCAGUGUUACCAGGGAAUAUUGUGUCCGCUCUCCUGAUGGACAGAAUUGGACGGUUAACGAUGCUAGGUGGUUCCAUGGUUCUCUCUGGCAUCAGCUGUUUUUUCCUCUGGUUUGGGACCAGUGAAUCCAUGAUGAUAGGUAUGCUGUGCCUCUACAACGGUCUCACCAUCUCAGCGUGGAACUCUCUAGAUGUCAUUACUGUGGAGCUGUAUCCUACAGACAGAAGGGCAACAGGCUUUGGCUUUUUGAAUGCACUAUGCAAAGCAGCAGCUGUACUUGGAAACUUAAUAUUCGGUUCCCUUGUUGGUAUCACCAAAGCCAUCCCUAUUCUCCUUGCUUCUACUGUUCUAGUAUGUGGAGGUCUGGUAGGACUUCGGCUUCCUGACACAAGAACCCAGGUGUUGAUGUAACUAGAAAAGGCCAUUUACCAUUUACUUUCUUCUUCGUACAAAUGUCAACUCUCCUGACUGAUGGUGCAAAGGCUUCAGAUUCUCAAUGCUUAGUAGAGUGCUCAGAUGUCAGAAAUCAAACUCAAAAGAUACUUUGGAGUAACAGAGAUUUGAAACCUCUGUAUGAAGGUUUUAAAUUUCACUUUUAUUUGCUUGCAUACAUUGCUAUUCAAAACCAUGUAACUUCAAACUGCAAAGCUACCUCUUAAAACACUUUUGGUGACAUGGUCAGGAAGGUAAAAACCAUACUGAUAAUUAGAUAUUUAAAAUGCAAGCUAAGAUAUUUAAAAAUACAUGCUAAAUUUGGCCAUGACUUUGUGAGCUUUUGUGACAGUACAGACAUGCAAAUCAAUUAGUUACCAGUAUCGGUGCAGAAAAUGUUAAUAUUAUAUGUAUCAAUGCAUGCAGCACCGAUUGGGCAACUCUACAGAUUGCAUCAACACUGAGAAUACUGACCUUCUGCAGCUGUGCUUAGAAGGUAAAAACUUGUGGCAACGCCUCUUUCUUGGGAAAACUUUCUAGGCAGAUUCAAUCUAAAGUAAAAAUUAGCAACUACAGCCCCUGUUUGCUGAGGAGAAGGCAACAGCCACUGUAAGGAGAUGAAAAGCCCAUACGGGUAAGCAGCAAAGAAAAUAACAAAAUAAGCACUUUCACUCUUUGCUGCUGAUCUGCCAGGGGAAAAAAAAAAAAGAAAUUUUCUUCUCACUUCUGGCAUUUGAAAUAUUUUAAAACAGCAAAUUUUUCUUAAUCCAGGAGUAAAUUGAUGCAAAUAUUUAUGUUGUUGUAGCUAUGAAUAAAGAAAAAAUCACACCAGUGAACUAUACGAAAAAUAAGAUGCUUUCAGAAAAGUUUGAUAUUUACAUAUCUAAUAUAUUUUUCCUUGUCACAGAAUAGUUAUAAAAAUAUGUGGUGGUAGAAUGCCACCUAGUAAAUUUAGUCAGGCCAUAACUUCGAUAUAGAGUAUAAUGUAAUUAAAACUUCUCAAAAGAUUUUUUUAAUAUCAAAACAAAGAAAAACAAUAAUAACACCCAUCUUCAUUAUUUUCACAGUUUAUACACUUCUUUAUAUAACCAUUUUCUCAGCUGAUUUUUAAUAGUUCUGGGGAUAUCUCACCAUUUAACACUUUCAAAUAUCUCUCUGAAAGGUCAUUAAGACAGAAGCCAAACCAAGGCUGCAGGGAGUGGUAAUGUCUUCAUUAGACCGAGUGCAAGGAUGAAUGGAGAGCAAAUGGUAGUAAAUAUAUUCCUUCUAAGGCAUGUGCUGUGGACUGUUCUGGAUUACAAUAAAGACCUCCUCACCAGUCCUACUGCUCUGCAAAAGGCUAUGACAUCUUUAAAAUGUCAGCAUUAAAAAUUAAACAAAAAUACAUCUCUAAAAUUAACAGGCAAAGGGGGCAGAUUCUUUGAUGACAGAAACUGGCAUUGCUUUCAAUAGAAUGAAGACAACUUGUAUCAGCUGAUGAACUAUCUGCAGUUUCAAGUUUCAAAGAACAAAGUUGGUAUAAAAGAUGAGGGAAAAUUUAUCAGUGUUCUUUCUAAUUAUGUCUGACAAUGUUUAUUAGGUGGUUGAAUCAUUGCCAAAGAAAUUAGGCUCUCAGAUAAGGUCAUCAUGUAGUAGAAUAGAUAUUUUUUUUCAUUAGUUUUUCUCUUGUUCAUAUAUGUGAACUUGGCUUGGGUAGUAAUAUCUAUCACUGAUUUGUGUGUCAAUCAUCAUCUUAGUCGUAUUGAAAGAGUCAAUAAAAGUCUAUAUAAGCAGAUCAUUCAUUGCAUUUAAAGUUCAUUGUUUAAUUUACUGAUUCUAGAAGUUACAUUUUUCAGUUAUUAAUAAAUGCCUGUGCUACACAUUGUAGAACCAAAAUGUUAGCCCAAGAUGCUGUUUUCUGCUAUUAACAAAGGAGAAGAGUGGCUUAAUUAAAAAAAAAGCAUGAGUAUGGAAAACUAGUGGGCAUUUUUUUGAUGUUGAAAAUUUAAAUAUGAUACAGGAAGAAACAAAGUUUAGGAAGUGUGUUUAUUUUGCAAUAUAAACAGUUAAAAUAUUUGAGAUGAAAUAUUUUAUAUUUAAAUCUGACACAAACAUGUCUUUUAAAUUCCUAAAGUAUGUUAAAAAAAUGAGGCAGAAUUACUUUUCACCAAGUUCCAGGUUAACAACAAAAUGCUGGCCUUAGUUUUGCUUCUGUGCCUUUUGUCUACUAGUCAUAGUCUUUAUAUUAUUUCAAGGCUGUUUUCUCCCAUGAGAAUUAUAUUUGAGCCCUGUUUCUCUGUGCCAUGCAUUAGUAACAUGUGUCCACCUCGUACUUACUGCAUAACUUAUUUUGAAAUCUGAAGCCUCUGUACAUGUUUCGAGUAAACAUCAACAGCAAUGGUAAAGUAUUACAUUGUCUUGCUAUGUACUGUCCACUUAAAGGUAGCAUAUUUUGUCCAUCUCAGUAUGUAAUUCUGAAGAACAUCCAGAUCCAGCACUUCACGCCACCUGAUGAGCCACAGAAAAAUAAGAUUCAACUUUUGAGGGCUAUGGUUCAAGGCUAACACACCAAAAUCUCAUUACGUAUAAAAUUACGCUGAUUUCAAUGCUGGUUCUUGUCCUAAAUCCUGACUACAUCACCAGUGUGUGAUUAAGUCUGAAUUAAGUAGAAUAUAACAACAGCAGGAAUUAGUAAAGACAAAUAAAAUUUCUAACUACACAGACCUUGCAUGAUACAGGAAAUUUCUAAGGUAGGAAAAGGAAAAAAGAAUAAUGGAUAGAAAAGGGGAGAAAAAGUAAAUGGAAGAGAUGAACAAAGAAAAAAAAUCCACAAACAUUUCCAACAUAUUAAACAAAACCUAAAGCUAGAAUCUCCCUAGCUGGUGAGCCAGUUGGCUCAACAGAUUUGAAUUAUCACACAAGCCAGCAUCAAAGCUGUUUGAACAAUCAAUUGUUUGGGCUCGAGUGCAGUAAGGAUUCGUCUCAUAAAAAUAGCAGAAGUGAAUGCAAUUUCAAGCUGUAAAUACUUGGUUAAGUUAGGUACAAUCCACAGACAGGAGCAGAAAUACUUAAUCUAUCAAGAUCUGGACGCAAAUGUUACUUACAUUAUAAGUGAAAGUGAUUUGGCUGGUCGUUAGUGAAUCUGUCUUUUUUUGCAGUUUCCAAAGCAAUCUCGGGUAAUAAAUGUUGGGCAGUAGGAAUUGCACUUCCUUUCUGUGUCUUUUCAAUAUAUCUCACAUGAAGAGCCACUUCAUGGCCUGUUUAGAUCCCUGAUACACCACAGAGAAAUGAACUUGAUAACAUUUGUGUAUCAGAGCUAUCAAAUACAGAUAAUCAAAAACGCUUAUUUGUCUGUUUUGGUCACUGAACUGACUGUCCACUAAUUGGAAACUCCUUUCAGUCUAAACUAAAGUAGGAUAUAAGGUCUAGUGCUCUUCUCUUGUAAAGCUGAAACGCUUAUCCCAAUGAUAGCAAUGACAAAAAAGUACAAUGGCCUCUGAAGACAGAGAAGACUGACAGCAUUUAGAAUACUAUUAACCAUGACAGUCAACUACUUUAAAAUUUGAAAAUUGUCCGCAAAAGAGACCACAUGCUUUCAUUUCUGGCAAAUAAAUUUUCUUUUAAUUAGUUUUACUUCUUACAGGCUUACUGAUAGUAGAGGUUGACUUAGCAAAGUCUUAUUUGUUGAAAGCAUCUUAUUCGUUGUGUUUGUACUUUUUAACCAGAUUGGCUACAUUCAUGUUAGCACCCUUUUGAUUGGAAACAUACACUAAAACAUCUCAUCUGGUGUGCGUUGCAUUGAUUGCUGAGUACAGACUCCUAGCAAGGGAACCAGGAUCAGGUGUUCAUUGUUACUGGAGCAGAAUUGCUCAUGAAUGAUAUAUUGGGAAGCCUUCUUCCUCUAUGCUUGAUUUUAGCCAGUGCCCUUCCAGAGGUGUAAAACUUUGACACAGGUGAAAAAGUAUUAGCUCUCCCUCCUGAUUGUUCCAGUAGUUGACUCUUUGUUCACCACCUUAGAAAAGUGAGGCAAAGAAAGACAGCUAACACAAGCUCCGCUUUCUUUCUCUUCAUGCCAUUCCAUUAAUUCCAUCCCAAAUUGCUUUUCUUACCAGAGGGACAAGCUUAAAGUAAGUCAAAACUCGCUCCUCCUGCUCUCACAUCUGACUUCAUAGUAACAUUCAGUAAGAAGGUUUGCCACAUAUCUUUUGCAAUUUGGCCCUCUCUUUUUAAACAAAGCCAGAAAGCAAACUCAAAAGUGCUUCAGACAAUCUCACCCUUUUAAGGCAACCAGACUCCACAUUUCCCUACAUAUGCAGAAGGCUGAACUAACACAAGGACGGGUCUUCCCUGUGGGGGUUUCCUUCUGCUGUGGGGGCAGAUAGGGGAGAAUCUUCUUGUCUGUGCACCUAGCUCAGCUCCUUUGGGAGGAAAUAUUAUUCUCUGUUCUUGUUUUCUUUUUCUACCACUACGGAGCUUUAUUUUUGUGCAAGUGCUCUUAAGGCACAACUGCUGAUUCUAAUUCUCAGCAAUAUAAUACAGUCCUGAGCCCCUCAUAUGGACAGCCUCUUUGUGCUGGGCUUUAGCUCUCUUCCCCAUUGUGAGUUUUAAAAUGAUCUUAAUUAGUCAGAGAAAGAUGUUUACAUCCAGUUGCACCUCUUUACAUAAACAAGAUGAUAUCAUGCUAAUACAACCCACAAACCAUGUUUCCUGUUUAAUAACCUGGAAAUGCAAUUGAAAUUUCAAUCACAAUGUUAAAAAAUGAAUCCUUCUACUCAGGGGGUCAAAAACACAAGAAGUGAAAACAGAAAUGCUCCACUUCCUCUGGAGUCUUGAAAGAAAACACAUGUUUGGUAAUCAUAUUCCAGAAGAAAACAUGUCUGAGAGACUGCUUUUCCUCUACAUUUCCUGCCUUCUUGUUCAUUAAACUCACUGUAAAAUAUUAGGUAUUUGCCUGAAUUAGUACUUUCCAAUGCUGCUAGUUCAGGAAGCACAGUAUGAAAAGACAGCCUUUUGCCUGCAGUUUGGAGGCAAGACAGGGAUCAGCAGUGAGGUGGAAUUAGCAGAGAUAUGUUAGCCAGAAAAUCUGGACCUCAUUUCAGAACCUGAUUUAAAUAGAAAGCACCAAUUUAUAAUGCUACUUACAGAUCUCCCUUACCUUCACUUACCCUCAUCCCAUCUACAACCAGUCCAUAUGCUGAAAUCAGCCUUAUUUGCUUUCUUCUAAUAUUGAUAGUUUCAACCAAGUAAUGCAAAAUAUUUUUAGAUGCAUUAUUUUUAUUUGCAUUUUUUAGUGUUGUUGCAGUGGCGAAUACCCUACUUCUUCCUGCACAGGAAGGAUCCUUCAAUAUUUAGUCCUACUUUAGUUUGUAAGAUUUUUAUAUAGAACUUCAUCCACAUUCAGGACCUUUCUUUGAUGCACUGACUUAACAUGUCAGAAACAGGAAAACUACAAAAUGGGCCUGACAUUUACUUUUCUUAUUUGAUAAUAGGUUGAAUUAUCUCUAAAGACUCUGGCCUAUAAUACGUAGCCAUGCUUUCUAGCCCUUGGAGUAUAUUCUGUCUAAUUAAAAAUUAAUAAAGCAGUAAUUAUUGGCAGUCUCCUCCCACAACAUACACACAAGCUACAUUUACUAGCACCAAAAUACUUAGGAAAAAAAUGGGGAAAAGUAGAAGUGUAAUUGCUUUCUGCGGUAAACGAUCUUCCCUGCCUGACAAAGUUCUCGAACAUACUGCUCGCUUCUGACCAGUACACAGUCCAAUAAUCAAAGUUUGGAGAUUGCUUAACAACAAAGGCAGAUGACCUGACACAAAAGUGUUGUCCUUUCCAGGGUAUUCAUGAAUAUACACUUUAAUGCCACAUAACUGUGAAGAUUUGUAGAGAUCUUGCCCCUACUCGGGCCAUCAACACUUCUGAGCUGUAGCCAGACACACCAGUCUGCAAGUGAGAGAGAGAAAUUGCUGGCAGGCUGGCUUUCAUCACUCUCUCUACAGCUAGCCCCCUAAGCUCAUUUCUCUCAGAUCCCAAGGAUCUGCUUUUUUUGCUCAGCCUCAUACUUUCUAAUUUUGGACAUCUACCGCCUGCCACUCAGUUUUCACCAGUAGUCCUGACCAAGCAAGUUGAAGCUACUUGCUGCUGAUGGACAGUACUCAUAACUCAUUGCAAGGACAGUACUCUGCAAGAGUCCAACGUCUUACGUGUUGUUCCAGUUUCAUCUGCCUAGAGCUAGAGUCGUCACCUAGCAUUUCUCUCUGGUAAUACUGUAUGAUUUCUAACCUAUAAUACAUGUCUUCUAGCCUCUUAAUGUCUGCCUAGUAAAUAUAUGACUGUUCCCCACUGGCUAUAUCAUAAAAGCCAUUUGUGAAUCCCAUGUAGGCCCUUAGCCAGUUAAAAGGUGAUCCUGCAAAAGAAGAAGGUAGGGGAAAAAAAAAAUUAAAUUGAAUCAAAUUAAAUGCAAAUCAGGAAGAGUAAGAUUUCAAGACUUAUGGUUCAAUUACUUUUAUUUUUGUCAGCUGUCUUCCUUAAAUCCUAGCCUGCAGCUAUAUAAUACUGUAUAUCAUAAAGAAGUAUUACAUAGUUACAGGUGAAUACAUAUACAGACACACAUGUGGGUAAGUAUGCACACAUAUAUACACACAAACCUCCCUAUAACACAGGUAGAUGUAAGACUUACAAACCAUAUUGUCAUCUCAAUCUCAAUGAUACAAAGUGUUACUUUCUGCAUUAUGCAUUAUGCUUUGAACACAAAUAUCAUCCUGCUCCAUUUCUUGUGCAAACUUUACUUAUUCAUGUGCAAAUUUGUUGGGAUGCCAAGAUUCAUCUUAGCUGGCCAUUAGCUUUCGAGCAUUGGAAGGGAACUCCUGAAAUGGUCUGAAAAAUGAGCUGUAGCCUUCCCUCUCCCACCGCACUGUGCCAAACAGCAGAAGAGCACAUCGUGCAAAGGCGCUGGUCAUGUUCCAGUGAAUAGGAGACACAGCACUCUCAAACAUAAAAUCCUAAAAGCCAUGAAUUUUUGUCUUACUCAACUAGAAAUCCUUCACAUUGCUCCAUGUGGAUCUCAAUAUGUUAACUUCUCUGUAACCUAUGAGAAAAUGUCUGUGUCUUCCCGUGCUGUGUGUUUUUCAUUGUUUCUGCAUACAUAGCUGGUGUUGUUCUGGUAAUGUGGCUAAACAAUUGUUUGCUGCUGUUCUUAUCAGAAAUCUUUGACCAGCCUGAAACAGAGCCAUUGCCAGGGUGUCUUUCAAUUAAUGAUUAACUUCCACUAAGAUCUUCUAUAGUAAUUAGUGCUGUAUAAAGUAACUGCAGCUAUAAUUUGAGCAAAUCAAGAGUGAAAAUAGCAGCACAUGCAUACAGGGCAGAGAGGGUGGAGAGAGUUCUUUCAAAAGCUCUGGCAUCCACACAUUUCACCUUCCCUCUUUCCAAGACAUCCAUUCUUUCCAGUGUGCUUCCUCUGGUGGGGUACAUGCGCACGUGCUACAGAACUAAGAAAUUAGCAGAAGAAAGGGUGUGUUCCUUCCACAGGAUUUAACAAUGUUUAUUUGCUAUAGGAAAGCCAACUCUAUACUAAGAUUAAAACAAACAAACAAACCCAAAGAGCCUGCAAUUCUAUUUUUUUUUUCCCCCAUGUGUUCUAUGAGUUGAUAAACUAAAUACCAGCCUAUGCCAAACCUUUAGGAGGAAACUAUGAAAGGUAACAAUGCUCACAGAAUAGUACUUUUUUUGGAAAGCAGUGGGUCCUUCCAAAAGGAAAACAUACUCACUGAGUGAGUCUGUAGCACAUAGUUUCUAAUUGUGAUCAUGAAUAGACAGUUUAAAGUAGAAAAUUGCCAUUCAGAUUCUAAGUAGCAGGAGAUAAUCUAUUUGGAAAUUUGUAAACAAAGAUUAAAUCCAAUGGUUUAGAAGGAAAAAGAGAAUACUAAAAUUUGGAGAGCAAUCUUACAAAACACAACUUCCCAUCACCUUUUUUGGACAAACUUUCCAGCUCUUUCCUUUUCCUUCCUGCCACAGAUCCUUUGAGAUAAGGUAAUUGAUUUCAUUAGUGCUUCACUGGUAAAAUGAAAAUUUUACUGACAUUUGCAACAAAAAUGAGAGCAGGCAUGAAAUUAGCACUGUAGGAAAGCUAGCUCAUUUAUAGAGUUAAAAAAGAUGCACCAAGCUGCCAGUGACUGCAUUUAUUGUCUUCCUAGUGGCUUGGGAUCCUACAAAGUGUUACAUGGAUUCAGUAUCAUGUGUGUAAACUGAUCGCUGUUUAAAUCAGUGAAGUAAUUUGCAGGAUUUUAUUUUUAAUAUAAAUAAUUUUAGCCUGGCUUUUUCAUAUGAAUGUAAUGUUUCCCAAACAGAAAAAGGAUUUUUCAUGAUAUUCCAUGCUGCAAGCCUGAUGAAUCAACUGCCAGCUUAUUUUAGCCAUUUACUAUAGAAUAUUGUAUUAAAAAUCCCAAUUAAAACUUUCCAAAAAAUUGCUGUAUUACCUUCACUGCAUAACAUUGUGAUAACAAAUUGUAUCUCAUAUUUGGCCUCAAAUAUAUGCAACAAUGCACUAUAGGUAAUUAGAUUUUUUUUUUUAAGUGGGCAGUUUCCUUUGCAAUGUAAUGAUGUGCAGAAGUCAAGUAUCAAGGAUGAGGUACUGAAAGUAGAGCUCUGACUUCACUGUAAUUUAGUGGCAUUGUCAGGUUACUGAUUUCUUAAAGACUUGUCAGCAUUUUCUAAUGCUGAGCAACAGAGGAAAAUGUGUAGGCUUUGCUAGUUUUUUGCGAACUAGUUUCUGCUCCCAGUUUCUCCUACUAAACUUUGAAUGAAAUUGCCAACUGCUCUGAGCCAACUAGGAGUACAAUUUUUUCACGCUGUCUUUAGUGUACAAAAGCGCAGGUGUGUUAGUGUGCGUAUGUUGUCAAGAAAAUCAUAACCAUUUCUGACAAGUCUCCAUUUCUUAAUGUGAGGAAACAUGUACAUAUUGUAUAUACAGUAAUGAGCCACUUUGAAGUCGAAUUCCCAUUUAUACAUGUUUACUUCCAGAUCUGCUAAUCUGCAACAAGAUCUUGGCAAUGGUCCUGACCUCUCUGUUUCUUUCUUUGUUUGUUUUCUUUACUGCUGUGUGUGAUCUCCUGUAAAGCAGGUUACAGUCAUCACUAUUGUAUAUAUGUGUUUGCAUGUGUGUGCCUUGAUAAAUUCUCUCUUCUGGAGUUCUGAAUUUUUCAUUCCAAGUGCAGCUGGUACAAUUGUGAACUCAUCUUUCCAGUAUGCUCCUCUGUGUCAGAUUGCCAACUUCCAAAAUGUUUGACCAAGUGUUUUGAUUAAGUCCCCUGAGGAAAGCUGUCUGUAUACUUGUGAAAGGGCAUGCUUUGUGUAGGGUGACUGUGUACAGUAUACAUCUAUAAAAUGUGGAAAUGUUUAUAAAUUUAUCUGCCAAAUAGUCAUCAUCCAUGUAACAAAUGCAAAGUUAUUUAGUGUACAUCAGAUUAAUAAAGGGACAUUUUUUGCUUCACUAUAUUCAAAUAAAGAUUUG